AUGUACAAACAUUUGAAUAUACCAAUUAUACUGACUUACUUCAAAGCUUUUGAAACAUAUCCAGGCCGUUCGCUUCAUCCCAUUUCAUUGGACUACGUUCGUGAAUAUCCACCUGAGUCUUACCACUCAUACUUGAUAAUAUCUCACAGUGAAAUGAAUACAUACCUCUACACGUAUGAUAGUACAUCUUAUCCUCAAUAUGAGUGGACGUCAAGAGAUAACUACCUAAUUCUGACCAUUUUGCAUAGCAGUUGGCAUGCGGGUGGCACGACGGACAUGUAUGGAUCUACCUUUCUUAAUCUUUGGACGAAGUAUCAGGUUCUGAACGUAAUAACCAUAGUAAAGUACAUGGACAUUUGCAACAAGCAGAGUGAUAUAAUGGUUUACGACUUUUUUGAGACGAAUGGCGUUAUAAACGUUACGCCAGAGCAGGUAGCGGAGUUACCUAGAUCUUACCUGGAGAGGACAUGGAAUUUAAAGGGUUAUUCCGUCAGGGUCACAAUGCUUCACUCGUUUCCAAACGCCGUAUUCAACUGUAGAUCACUUAAAAAAUGUUCAUACGAAGGGCGUGACUGGGAGGUGUUGAGGAACCUCGCCACAUAUAUGAACUUCACCCCAGUCAUCAGCCAACCGCGGGACGGGAAAGGAUUAGGCUACAAAACUGAAUCAGUUUUCACGGGGUCACUGGGAGACUUGGUGUACAAAAGGGUAGACAUCUCUGCCAACGAAAGAUACAUAAAGGACUACGACGCAGACAUAGAGUUCACCAUGCCCGCCUUCUACACACAGCAGCUGGUGGUAAUAGUUCCGAAAGCACAACGAAUUCCCUGGUGGAGAGCGAUGUCCGAGUGCUUCACCUUCCACUUCUGGGUCUGCUUGCUUGCCGUCUUCUUGGUCACCACGGUAGUGUGGUACGUUCUAAGAAGACUGAGCGAGAAAGUGUCGUUCCUCACCAACGCCGUUGACACCAUGGCAGUGUUCCUCACGAUGUCUCUCAGUUUCCUCACGAAGAUCUCGGCCUUGUCUCAGAGACUGCUCAUCGCAUCCUGUCUCUUCUUCAGCCUGGUCGUCAUGUGUCUCUUCCAGAGUUCUCUGCUCGACACGGUCGCUCACCCGCGCUUCCAGCCGGACAUCGACACUCUCCAGAAACUUGACAAGACGGGACUACCCAUCAUCACGCUGGACCGCAACCUUCUGGACACAUUCAACGAGUCUCUGGCCUUGAGGAACCUCGCCGACAGACUUCAGCACCAGGACGUGUCUGAAGACGCUCUGUUGCACCAGAUCGCAAACCACAGGAACGCCUGUAUGCUGACCAGUAAGGGAGAGGCCCUGUGGUUCCUCGGCAAAUUCCCCAACAAGCUGCACAUCGUCAGCGAGAGUCCCAGGGAGUAUUUCGUCUCGUACAUGAUCCCAAAGGGCUCUCCGUACGCCACGAGGAUCCACAACUUGCUAGGGAAGAUGAGUCAGGCGGGUCUGGUGAGGAAGUGGGACGUGGACGCCAGCUACAGACUGCAACUGAAAGCUUUGCGUGAGGGCAGAGCUAACCUUCAGGACACCGGGAAUGCGAAGGUUUUUGCAUUCUUCGACUUUCAGUUCUCUUUCUUGGUAUGGGCAGUUGGGGUUGCUGUUGGAACUGUAGUAUUCUUGUUGGAAAGAUGUUUUGCUUAA